AGUGGGCGGAUGUAAUGAUUUCGAUGGGAAGAAAUAAUAUUCAGCAUCGAAGGAAUAACAACUGAAAUCAUCCCGUCCUGCAGCAUGCACCUAUGUGAAUGUGGAGAAUGACCAGCAAUGUCCAAGUUGAACAUUCCACCCUUUGUGCCUGCCCGGACUGUGCUGGAAGGCCUCGAGUCAGAGGAUGCGUGUGAAGACAAGAAAGCUGUAAAAAAGGAGAUCCAUAGCAAAAAGGGAGCCAAAAAGGACAAAAUGGAAGAGGAGAAUACAGACCUGCUCAGACUUUGCCACACAGUACCGCUGGAGGUGGUGAACUUAGGUGGGAAAGGUUACGAUCCAGAGAAGAAAGACUACUCAGGUUUUGAGGCCUGGUUGCAGUGUUACUAUGUGGAUGGAAUGAAGUCUGUACGCGACCACAAUGGCAGGACUAUGUGGUUCAAAGGCGAUCCAGGUCCUAUGGCUCCUAAAGAAUCAAAGUCUCCUAAGGCCAAAAAGAGAAAAGAUACAGAUGCAGACCAUGAUUACCCCCGCAAGAAAAAGGUGUCCAGGAAACACAACUCUGACAGCACAGUGAAGAAAAAAGCAGCCAAAAAGCCCACAAAAGCAGCAAAGGAAGAAGAAAAUGGACCUCAAGAAGAAGCCACACCCAGAAGAAGAUCAGCAAACACACCUCAGCAAGAACCGAAAUCCACGUCAGGCAGGAGGAAAAAGAACAAUACAGAGCCAGCUGCAGGUCUGAUUCUAAUAAUACUCCCAUUUUCUGAAAAUAUUAAGAGCCUGAUCUUUGAGGAUCCAAUUCCCACACACUUAUCUGUGUGCGCAAACUAUACAAUUGCAUGUACUGUUGGUGGGCGUGUUGUAUGUGAUCUACUUUGUGCAAUUGAUAGCUGCAAAAGUGGCACAGAUCACCCUAUUUUUGUGUACUAGAAGCAUUAUGUGCCCUUGGAAACACUUCUUUCCCUCUACAUUCAUGUUAUUAUGCUCUCCACACUGGAGGGGGGCUUAUAUUAGAUUAUAGCACAUAUCGAUCAUCUAACACCUUUUCUGCAAUAUAGAAUCACAGUAUGUAUACUAUUUGCAGCAGGAAUGAUCAAACUGCAUAUUGCAAGACAUUUUUUUUAGGAGUUAUACUAAAUACAAAAAAAAAAAACGCAACGCUUUUGUUCUUGUUCCCAAUUUAAAUGAACUCAAAGAUCGAAAACUUUGACUAUAAACACAAAAUACCUGUUCCUCUCAAAUAUUGUUCACAAAUCUGUAUACAUUUGUUAGUGAGCAUUUUUUCUUUGCCAAGAUAAUCCAUCCCACCUGACAGGUGUGCCUUGAGCUGUCCAAAAUAAAAGGCCACUGUGAAAUGUGCAGUUUUAUCACACAACACAAUGCUUCAGAUGUCGCAAGUUUUGAGGGAGCGUGCAGUAGGCAUGCUGACUGCAGCAAUGUCCACCAGAGCUGUUGCCCGUCAAUUAAAUGUUUAUUUCUCCGCCAUAAGAAUAGAAUAGAAUAGAAAGUACUUUAUUGAUCCCUGGGGGAAAUUCAGCACCACAGUUCGCUCACAAUAAACAAUGAUAAUAAUAAAUAAUAUAAUAUAUAUGAAUAAUAUAAAUAUAUUCUACAUUUAAGUGCAGUCAAGGAACAUAUGCAUUAUACAGUCUGAUGGCUGUCGGUGUGAAGGACCUCCUGUGUCGUUCCGUGUUGCAUUUUGGGAGUCUGAGCCUUCCACUGAAGGUGCUCAUUCUCUCUGCAAGGUCCGAGUGUAGUGGGUGGGAGGUGUUGUCCAUAAUGGCUAGGAGUUUUGCUAGACUUCUCUCUGACACCACCGCCAGAGAGUCCAGCUCCACUCCCAUCUUGUUACUGGCCUUCUCUACCAACUUGUCCAGUCUGUAUGUGUCCCUCACUCUCAGCCCACUGCCCCAGCAGGCCACGGCGUACAAGAGGGCGCCUGCCACCAGCGACUCGUAGAACAUCUUCAACAUCUUUGUACAGACGUUGAAGGAUCCUAGCCUCCAAAGGAAAUAUAGAUUCGGCUCUGUCCCUUCUUGUAGAGGGCCUCAGCGUGUUUUGACCCAUUCAGCUUGUUGUCCAUGUGUACUCCGAGGUAUUUAUAAUCCUCUACCAUGUCCACAUCCACCCCUUUGAUGGAAACAGGGGUCGCCAGAGUACUCCUCCUCCUUCCCAGGUCCACAACCAGCUCCUUGGUCUUCGUAACAUUGAGCUGGAGGUGGUUCUUUCCACACCAUGUGACAAAGUCCUCCACCAGUGUCCUGUAUUCCUCGUCAUCACCUUCCUCAAUACACCCCACUAUCGCAGAGUCAUCAGAAAACUUCUGAAGGUGGCAGGACUCUGAUUGAUAGUGGAAAUGGGUGGUGUAAAUGGUGUAGAGGAAGGGGGAAGAGUACUGUAGCCUCCGGGGCCCCGGUGUUGCUGACCAGCCUGUCAGACACACAGUCCUGCAGUCGCAUAUACUGUGGUCUGUCAGUCAGGUAAUCUACAACCCAGGACACCAAGGGGGCCUCCACCUGCAUCUUCUCCAUCUUCACACCCAGUAGCCCAGGCCGUUUAGUAUAAGCCGCCUCCAACGGUGUUUCAGAGAAUUUGGCAAUACAUCCAACUGGCCUCACAGCCGCAGACCAUAUUGAUUGGCUGAGACCUGCCACCCGGACAGCUGCUACAACAAUUGGUUUGCUUAACCAUAGCAUUUCUGCACAAACUGUAAGAAACUACCAUGAAUUGAUUAACGUGGACCCCGACUUAAACAAGUUGAAAAACAUAUUGGGGUGUUACCAAUUAGUGGUCAAUUGUACGGAAUAUGUACUGAACUGUGCAAUCUACUAAUAAAAGUAUCAAUCAAUCAAUCUGUCUCAAGAAAGCUCAUCUGCAUGCUCGUGGUCCUCAUCGGGGUCUCGACCUAACUGCAGUUUGUCUUCUUAACCAACUUGAGUGGGCAAAUGCUCACACUCAAUGGCGUCUGGCACAAUACAGAGGUUUUGGUAUGUUAUUAUUGACAGCGAAACCACGUGCAUUUUAUUGAUGGCAUUUUCCAUGCGCAGAGAUACCGUCACGAGACCCUGAGCCCCAUUGUUGUACUAAUCACCCGAGGCCAUCACCUUUAUAAAUAACAUUUACUAACUCAUGUUGCAAGGAUCUGGAAGCUAAAAACAUCCCAGUUCUUGCAUGGCCAGCAUACUCACCGGACAUGUCACCCAGUAAGUAAUUUUUGAGAGGAAUAUAUAUUUUCUGUAUAGUAAAAGUUUCAGAUCUUUAAGUUCAAUUCAUGAUAAAUGGGAGCAAAAACAAAAGUGUUGCGUUUAUAUAUUUGUUCAAUACCAUAUUUUUCGGAGUAUAAGUCGCACCUGCCGAAAAUGCAUAAUAAAGAAGGAAAAAAAACAUACAAGUCGCA